GAAUAAAACUCUCUUAGCUAUGGCUUUUGGUUGAAAACUACCUAUGAAAUAGCUGUGUUCAGCUGUGAGAAAGGAGCAUAGCAUUUACUAUCAAGUAUUGGUUGGUUGUUGCCAUUGAUGCAUCAUGUGGAAGCCAACAAAGAACGAAAAAUAUGGUGCUGUUGUGUGUAACUUCCAUGAGUGGCCGGGUAAUCUGAAGGAUGGCCUGCGCUUAGAUGUUGGUGACACAGUUCACAUUCUAGAGAGCUGUGAAGGUUGGUACCGGGGAUUCUGCACCAAAAACCACAAUGCAUUGGGGAUCUUUCCUGCCAGCUUCAUCCACCUCAAAGCAUUUCGGGUGGAGAAUGAAGGAGCGCAGGAGCUUGUCAUCCCUGUUGAGGAUGCCGUGGUGCAGGAGGCAGCUGCAGUGCUCAGGGAGUGGGGACAGAUCUGGAAGGAAAAAUUCAUUGUAAGCAUAAUUCUAUUUCGAAUGUAA